UCUUAUUUCGUCUCUUGCAAGUAGACCCCUCUUUCUGGGGCUGGAAAAGGCUUUAUAUUCAGCAUGAUCUAAGUUCAUUACCUGUUCCACACCAGAGGGAAGAAGAUCCAGGUCCGUGUGUGUUAUCCAGGGCAGACAUGCCAGCCUGCCAUCCUGCCCUGCUGUUCACUGUUUUUCUCAAGAUCUCUGCCACUUGUGGUGCUGCAGAGUGGACGUCUUGGUUCAAUGUUGACCAUCCAGAAGGUGAUGGAGAUUAUGAAACAGUAGAGGCCAUUCGUUUUUAUUACCCACAGCGCUUAUGCCUUAGACCUAUUGCUCUUGAAGCCAAAACCACUGAAUGGGCCAGACCAAAGGAUACAAAGGAGGUUGUACAUUCUAAUCCAGAAAAGGGCUUUUGGUGUAUUAACAAAGAGCAGCAGAAAGGACGAAAUUGCUCCAACUAUCAUGUUAGGUUCCAAUGUCCACUUGAUCCUCUCUUUUGGUCACAUUGGUCUCCAUGGAGUGCUUGCUCACAGGCAGGAUGCGGAGGAAAAGGCAUCCAAAUCAGACAGCGCACGUGCAUUAAUGUUCAGCCUGUAAUGUCAUUGAGCCUAGCAAAAUGUAGAGGAAAAGCCACUGAGCGAAGAGUCUGCAUCACUCGGCCAUGUGUUCUAGGAAUAUGGUCUUCUUGGAGCACAUGUACAAAAACCUGUGGUGGAGGGAAGAGUGUCCGACGUCGCAUUUGUCCUAGCAAUGUUAUGCCUUGUUCUGGAAGUGCCUUACAAAUUCAGAAGUGUGGGACAUCUCCAUGUACAAAAUCAUCAUGCCAUGAAUGCAUUUGUGCCAACCACACUUUGGUGGGAAAAGUUCAAAGUACACAUGGGUCUGUUCAACACAAUGCCAGCAUUUUUAUGAAUGGAAAGAUCCAAGUUACAACUGAUCGGUAUGGGAUGUUCAACUUGAAAGAUGUCUGCAAAGAUGCACACAGAAAUAUUACUGUGACAAUGGAUGGAUUCUCUACUGGAACUUUACAAAGCUGGAAGAAUGAGCCCAACAUUUCUUAUUUUGAGGCUGUCUUAAAGAGAUUAGAAAAACCAUAUAUAGUACAACAUCCAAACUCGAAAAUUCGUAGAGAGGGACAUAAGGUAACAUUCUGCUGUGAAGCUGUUGGCAAUCCAAUUUCAUCUAAGUAUUACUGGUAUCACAAUGGUACAUUAUUGGACAAAACCAAAAUCAAAUAUGACAAAAAUUUAAUUCUGCGAAAUAUUGAAACAGUACACGCUGGUACAUACCAGUGCAAAGCAAGUAACGGGCUCGGUGUCAUCAAGUCUUCCAUAGCCCAUCUAACAGUAAUAGGUAAAAGUGAAUCCCACUGUGACCAUUCCCCACAUGAACAUUUAAUCCAGCUCCCAACUGACUGUUCUCAAACUAAAACUGGCUCCAAUUUCUACAACGUAGGCAAGUGUCCAAAUUCACAGUGUGCUGGUUAUCUAAGCUCUGAUCUUCAGUGCAAAGAUAAAAUAGAAUACUGCUGUGGAGUCAAGCAAAUGAAACUGCAAGAAGUUAAGUGCCCUGGGUACACUCUACCAAUUAUGGUUGUUGUAGCAUGUGGAUGUGCCCAGUGCACACAGCAUAAGGUUUUUGUUCGUGGACGGGUGACUGCAUAUGACACUGGUACUCCACUUCAGUUUGGUCAAAUCUUUAUGAAUGGAAAAAACAUGGGCUUUACAGGUUACAAAGGAGAGUUUACCUUAGAAGUGCCUGAUGGAACAAAAAGGUUGGUGGUUACAUUUGUGGAUCCUGAAGAGAAAUUUGUAGACUCUAUAAAAAUCAUUCCAUUUGAUCCAAAAGGAAAUACUAUUUACCAAGAUAUAAAAAUCAUGAGGAAGAAAGACCCAGUUAAUCUGAACCCUUUAGUGACAAACAAAAUUACUCUUGGAGAAGUGAUUGGUAAAGAUCCAGUUGGAGAGUUAGUAAUACCACCAAACUCUUUUACCAGAAUCACAGGAGAAGCUUAUAGUGGUACAGUAAUGGCCAGUUUAACAUUUUUGGAUCCUAGAAACAUUAGCACAGCAUCAGCUGCAUCAAGUGAUCUAAGUUUUGUCAACCGUAAUGGAGAUAUUUCUCCACUCAGGACGUAUGGAAUGUUUGCUGUGGACUUUAGAGAGAAAGGUACUAAUUCAGUGCUCCAAACUGGAAAAGUGGAGGUUAGGCUGGAUACAGAACAAGUAAAGAUGCCUCAGCAUCUAAAGGAAAUGAAACUCUGGUCUCUGAACCCACAGACUGGCUUAUGGGAAGAGGAAAGUACUUUCCACAUGGCAGCAGAGGGCAAUAGGAGAAGGAGAGAGGAAAGGUCAUUUUUAAUAGGACAGUUAGAAAUAAGAGAGAGAAGGCUUUUCAACUUGGAUGUACCAGAGUUUAGGAGAUGUUUUGUCAAAGUACGUGCUUACAUGAAUGAGAAGUUUAUGCCUAAUGAACAGGUAGAAGGAAUUGUGGUUACUCUUAUAAAUCUUGAACCUAUGCCAGGAUUCUCAUCAAACCCUAGAGCUUGGGGUAGAUUUGACAGCGUAAUAACAGGAAGCAAUGGAGCCUGUCUCCCUGCUUUCUGUGAUGCACAGCAGCCAGAUGCCUACACUGCAUAUGUCACUGCUACAAUGGGUGGUGAGGAACUGGAAGCUGUUCCCUCUUCCCCCAAAUUAAACCCCAAUGUAGUAGGAGUGUCCCAGCAUUACUUGUCAAAACUUAACUAUCAACGAACUGAUCAUGAAGACCCUUCUGGUAAAAAGACAGCUUUCAAAUUUAAUAUUGCUAAGCCAAACACAAAUAAUUUUGAAGAGACAAGUGGUCCGAUAUAUGCUUACAGAAACUUGCGAUCAUGUGAAGAAGCCCUAGUCUCCGACAAUCAUUUUCGAUUUUAUAGGGUAGAGGAAGACAAGUAUGAGUACAAUGUUGUCCCUUUUGUUGAAACAGAUUUAACCUCAUGGGUUGGUAGUUAUCUGUCUUGGUGGCCAAAUCCACAAGAGUUCCGGGCCUGCUAUUUAAAGGUUCAGAUACAGGGUCAACAGGAGUAUAUGGUCCGGUCACGAAAUAUUGGAGGAAUGCAUGCAAAGACUAUGGGUCAGCUCUAUGGUUUGAGGGACAUUCGUAGUGUUAGGGAUAUGUCAGUGCAAGGCAGCUCAGCAGCUUGUUUAGAAUUCAAGUGUAGUGGAAAGCUUUAUGACCAAUAUUUACUAGAUCGCACUUUCGUAACGGUGACUCCUCAAGGAAGCUGCUAUGUUGUUGAGGUAAACAAACUUUUGAAAGACUACCUAGAACGCCACCCACCACUAGCUUUAGGGAACGAUACUGGGGUAUUUAAUAUGUUGGCUCCAGUUGAUCCCCUUGGACAUAACUAUGGAAUUUAUACAGUCACUGACCAGAAUCCAAGGCUAGCCAAAGAAAUUGCCAUUGGAAGAUGUUUUGAUGGCACUUCUGAUGGGUUUUCUAGGGAAAUGAGAUCCCAGGUUGGCAUUGCAUUGACAUUUCGUUGCCAGGAGAAACCAGUUACAAGAAAAAGCUUCUUCCAACGUCUACUUAAUAACCCAGGUGAAACUCUCAGUGAGAUUCGGCGUGGCAUGCAGGAGAAUGAACAAAGAGAAACACCUUCACGCAUUAUACCUUAUCCAGCAUCUAGUUCUUUAUCCUCUAGACGUAAUAGGAAAUAGUCUGCUAACCAGAGAAGACCUUGUUUGCCAUAGAAAUCAUGAUGAAAUAAUUUAGUGAGGAUCAUUGACUGAUUUAUUGACCAACGAGAAAACUGUGACUUUGGUCAUGCAACAGAGAAGUGAAACCAAUUAUUAAUUCAUAUGGUUUAUUCACUCAUACUUGUUGGACCCAAAAUGCAACAAAUGAACACUGGCUUCUCCCACAAGACUAAUGCACAUGGCCAUAUUAUGGAUCCCUUUUGUGUCCAACCAUAUAACAGCUGCCAUAGAGAUACAUGAGCCCUCCACCACACUUCAGUGUGCCUCUAAUUUUAUACAGAGGCCUGAGGAGUUCUCUAUUGGACUCUCCAUAAAGGCUUCACACCAGUGUACAUAAGCCUAAAAUAAUAUUUUUUUUUAAAAGGACAAUCAUUACUUGUUUGAUCCUGACAAUUCAUUCCUCAAAUAAUACAGGAUGCUUGUACUUCAAGUUACCUACAGCUCAUACUGUUGUAUAUAUUGGAUGCUUAAUGUAAUAAGGGAAGAAUACAUCCAAAAUAAAACAGUUUUUAAUCCUUUCAUAAAAUCUACUAAAUGACCUGUAAUAUUAGUUACUUUGUAACAAAUA